CUAUGAAGUAAAAUAGAAAAAAACAUUUGUUUUUGAGUGUGUUGUUUUUCUGUUAGAACAAAGUACAUCGGAAUCGUAAUUCACAUACCCUUCCUCAAACAUCGUAGCCAGGCCAGUGCGUGUUGACGUUCAAAAAUAGACUUAUUGCCUGAGGUUGAAUCUUUAUAGGUGUGAUGGCGAGGAUUAAACCUCAAGCUCUGUUACAACAAAGCAAAAAGAAGAAAGCGCCUAGGAGUAUCAGUAUUUCUGCUAUUGCAUUGUACAGUGUUGUUAGUGUUGUUAUGGUGUUUUUCCUCUUUGCUACCUAUAGACACUGGUCCCAAAGGUCAACAAUGCAAGCAGUCGAAGGAACAUCAGACUUUCAGGUCGAAGAUGACUUUUCGGAUUCAAAGAAAUCUGAUGUUCCUAGAUAUGCUAUUUUCAACACGUCUAAAGGUUUGAUUACGGUGGAACUUUUCAAAGAAGGUUCGCCUGAAGUUGUCGAUGAGUUUAUAGAUGCCUGUCAGAAGGGACACUUCAAAGGGAUGCUAUUUCAACGUGUGGUGAAACAUUUUGUAAUCCAAGGAGGUGCUAUAGAUAAUCAUGCAGUUAUAGAGGAUUGGACUUCUAGAGAGAAGCAUUACAAUCAACUUGAGAAAAGAUUAAAGCAUGAGGCCUUUAUGCUUGGUACAUCCAAUACGAAACACGAGAAAGAUGGAUUUGAUAUCUUCAUUACAACUGCACCAAUUCCAGACCUUAAUGCAAAGCUUAAUGUGUUUGGACGCGUUGUUAAGGGAGAAGAUAUUGUUCAGGAAAUUGAGGAGGUGGAUACCGAUGAACAUUACAGACCUAAAUCUCGAAUCGGGAUCAUUGAUGUGACACUGAAACAAAAGAUUUAAGGCUUCAGUCAAGUUCGAUGUCAUUGACCAGGCAAAUAUUUGCUGAAAUUUUAAUUGUCUGGAAAGAGAUCAGGGAGAGAUAGCCAAGGGUUGCGUUUAUUGAUGUGCAAUCCAUGGACAUAUUUGUUUGUUUUGCACACAGCUUAGAAUCAUGAAAGGACAGUUUGUUUAAUUAGAGUUUUAGGUCAUACAAUAACCCUAAUGUUUGUCAUUAAUUUCAGCUUUCAGUUAUCUGCCA